AUGUCUCUUACUCAAAGCAAGAAGAAGUCCCAGAAGGCAGGUCUACUUGAUCUACCCAAUGAGCUUCUCUUCUCCAUUAUUGAUGAUGAGGUAAUGAGUUGGAGAGAUCAUUUCAACAUCCACCACGCAUCAUCUCGACUCUUCCAAUUGACUUUCAAGCAGUUUUACGACGGUAGGCGAGAUAUUUUUGAAUUUGCUUGCUCUCAUGGCAACCUUGAUCUCAUGAUUGAGUGUCUCAAACACAGAGACGUUCCCACCAGCCAACUCUGGGAGGGAACGGGGCCACGCAGAGUCUACAUUACACCGCUUGAUGUCCUUUCAUCUGGGUUUCUGGGUGGGAACUUCUCGGCUGAUGACUACAUCAAAGUGGCUGAGUGGUUGUUCGUCAACGGGUAUCAUACCCAACGAGUCGUACGGACCAGGGGAGAAUUAAGAACUAUUCCUGUUUUUCCUCCCUAUGUGCUGACCAUGUUCUCAACAGCGACAGAUACGGAUAGCCAUCGUGGCAUCUGCCGGGUAACUGAGUUCCUUAUCAGCAAGGGUCUGGGAUUUCCGUCUAAAUCACUACGCAGGGUGUCUAUCGAGAGGAGGAACGUACAUCCAGGCUACCCGGAAUUUGCUGAGGGCUACGACAGCAUCAUGGAGAUAAUACUGCAGUCGGCUUUCCCCCUGUAUCUGUUCGAGAUCUUUCUCAACAGCAUGCUCUCCGAUCGGGGACUGACUCUCAAGUCUCGCCUCGCCCCUGGCGAUCGAGUUAACAUUGACUGGCACGAAUGGACAGGAUUCCGCGAACUGGUCUGCAUCCUUUUCGAUGACUUAUUUGCUCCGUGGACAUACAAGGCAGACAGCCCCAUCUACGUUUCCGAUACCUUUGAGGCUAAGAUACGACUGCUGGUCAAACAUGACGGGAUUAAUGGCAAUGAGCAGUCAGUGCUCGAAAACAUCCUUGGAUCUCUGCGUAGGAUCGAAACAAAGCAGAGAGAUAAUGGCCGUCUCAACUUUGAACGUGACGGUACAUGGUGCUGGCGCGAGCUCUGCGUCUCCAUCUAUCUGACCCCUUUCCUGGGCCGGAGGGUAUGGAGUCGGCAUUCUCGAGUAGACUCGCCGCGAGCAAUUCGCCCCGUGGUCGAGAGACCCGUGCAUGAGUUUGUAAUCCCUAGAACAUGGUACCCCUGA